ACGUCAGUUGCUCUGCUCUCCUCGCUGUCUGUGGCCGACAGAAUGACUGCUUUCACAGAAAAUAAGCUGAACUGUUUCCCCCCCCCACUGUGCAGUGAGAUGUGUGUGCGCCCUGAAAAAGGCCUUCAUUACGACAGGACAGUUUAGACAUGAGAGGGGGAAUGACAUGAAGCAAAGGGCUGCAGGAGUCGAACCCACAGCUGCUGCAACGAUGACUGAGCCUCUGUAUAUCUACCAGGUUUCCUGCAAUGAAGCCUUUCGGCUUGGCUGAACGUCACAUUGCGACUGCCACCAAAAAAUAUCUGUCAUUUGUAUUAAGAUCUUCUGGGUUAAAUAUGACAAACUGUUGCAGUGUUUCGCUUUCUAAAUAUGGCAUUCUGCCAAGGAACCCUGGCAGAGGCUAUAUGAUCGGUGGAGCGUUGGCAAGACUCGCUGCAUCUACAAAUAAACUGGAAGAGCUUUUAUCGUCUGCGUUAGGAGCAGCAGAAACAGGCAGAGGGUUGAAGCUGUAGUAAUUGAGGAACAGAAGUGGCAUGAAUAUUAUCAACCUGCAAGACGCUUGCACAGCUUAAUGCACCCGACCGAUAGCAAUGGUUCCUGCUGAGAACGCAAGUGUUUUCUCUGCAGCGGAUCGCUGUCCCAACUGCAGCGCUGCCACCCACCCAGGGGUGGAUGUAGCCAAGGUGGUGGUUUUGGGGAUGGUGCUGCUGGUGUUUGUAGUGUUCGGGGUCCUUGGCAACAUCCUGGUCAUCCUGUCAGUGUUGUUCCACCACCACUGGCGCUCUGUGACACAUUACUUCAUUGCCAACCUGGCGGCGGCAGACCUGCUGCUCAGCGCCGCCGUCCUGCCCUUCUCCGCCACCUCCGAGGCUCUCGGCAGAUGGGUGUUUGGCCGGUCCUUCUGCAGCGUUUGGGCCGCUCUGGACGUCCUCUGCUGCACCGCCUCCAUCCUCAGCCUGUGUGUGAUCUCUAUCGACCGCUACCUGGCGGUCAGCUACCCUCUGCGCUACCCUGCCAUAGCCACGGGGCGGCGAGGCCUGACAGCGGUGGCUGCUCUCUGGGGACUCUCGGCAGCUAUAUCCGUGGGCCCUCUGUUUGGCUGGAAGGAGCCCGACCCAGAAGACGAGACGGUGUGCCGAAUCACGGAGGAGCCCGGCUAUGCUUUGUUCUCGGCACUAGGAUCUUUCUACAUACCUCUGGCCAUCAUCCUGGCCAUGUACUGCCGCGUGUAUACCGUGGCGAAGAGAGAGACGAAAACCCUCAGGAAGGGCAGUAGUGGAGAAGGGGUUGAGACAGAGGGGGUGGUGCUUAGGAUUCACAGAGGGAGUGCUCCUCAGACGGAGAAGAAGGAGGAGGACGACGACGGGACCCCGACACAUAAACGCAGAACCUUUUCCCUGCCGAAGCUGCUGAAGUUCUCGAGAGAGGAGAAGGCAGCCAAGACUCUUGGCAUUGUUGUCGGGUGCUUCAUUCUGUGCUGGCUCCCUUUUUUCCUGGUUUUACCAAUCGGAUCCAUCUUCCCAUCCUGUAAGCCUUCUGAAACCAUCUUUAAGAUUACUUUCUGGAUGGGUUACCUCAACAGCUGCAUUAACCCCAUUAUCUACCCCUGCUUCAGCCGGGAGUUCAAGAAAGCCUUCCACAACGUGCUCCGUGGCCGCUGCCUGAGAACUGGGGCGCUGGCUGCCAAACCGCAAGGACACAUCAGCGCCCACUCCUCCAGUCCAGUCCCACAGUCUAACACCUCUGUUCCCGCAGCCCAACACCGCGACACUGCUUCGUCAUGGGGUUGCUGCAGGGCGCUGUCCACCUCCUCGUCAUCUGUCUGCGGUCCAGAGGCUCAAAGUGCACAAAUCCAGAGGAAGAGUCUACUAAAGGCGUGGUGUCUCUCAGCAAGUGGGACGCCGGUCCCACAGAACCCCUCCAGUCGCAAGUCAACCAAGGUUUUACGCCUUUCUCUCAGCGUUACAGGAGAGGCUGUUUGAUUGUCAAGUUGAUGCAACGGUGGGAUUUGUAUCCAAUCUUGUACUUUGAUUUUGCCUCGAGGAAAUACUUCCAGUAUGUACAAUUUUGCAUGAAUAUUUAUGCUCCCCAGAGGCAUCAGAGUGCAGGGCCAGCCAAUAAUGAGACUUGCCUCCAGAGCAGACAGAAGAGAACUCUUUUGCCUUUAGGCUUUAUGUCAGUGUAAAUGCCUGGAGUGUCAAACAGAACAUGAUUUGGGAAAGCGAAUGAAUAUUAUUGUGUCUACAAGCAACAGCCAGUACUGAGCUGCUAUUGAACACAGCACCACAUGUCAAAACUUUCAAUAGGAGCUACUUAGAGAUCAAGAAGAAAAAUACUGGAGUGUGAACACACAGCAAGACACCUUUGGAAAGACAAAAGCCAUUUUUGCAAGGUCAGUCGGGAUCAACACAUGAAAAGGAAUAAAACAUAAUUAAAAUCUAAUUGAAAUGACAUUGUAAAAUAACUCCAGAGACAUGAUUUCAUUUUGACAUUAGUGGCAUUUCUGCAGAUUGCACAAAAGCCCUUAAUUAAGGGUGAGAUACUCAUAAAUAUUGUCAUAGUAAGCAUUCACUGAAAGCUCUGAGAAAGUAGAAGCUGGUGUAGGAGUGUGUGUAUUACAUGAGUGGCCUCUGCUCUAAAAGGGACUAAACAAUCACAGGCAUUGAUUUUGAAAUACCUGUUACAGAAAGAAAAAUCCACCAUCUCUUUCCAUACUAAACAUACAUCAAAUCAGCCUUUUUUCAUCUAAAAAACAUUUUCAGACUCCGGCCAUCACUCUCUGACUCUGUGGCAGAAACCCUCAUUCAUGCUUUCAUAACCUCCCUUUUGGACUACUGCAAUGGAGUUCUGUCUGGGGUCCCCAGCAAAACCCUAGACAGGCCACCAGGGUCCUCACCCACACCAAGACCUGGCAGCACAUCACCCCAACCCUCAUCCACCUUCACUGGCUCCCAAUUAAGUCCCGCAUCACAUAUAAAAUCCUCCGACUCACCUACAAAUCCCUGACAAAUCCAAAUGCCCCUGGCCCCAACAGUACCUAUCCGACCUCCUCCAUCCAUACACCCCACCCCGAAACCUGCGGUCCUCAGACACUGGCCUGCUCUCCAUUCCCCACACCAG